AACUCACCCGUGAAGUCAGAGAGGGAGAGCUUUAGAGAGAGAAAGAGGCAGCCUCAAUUUCAAAUGGUAAUUUUUUAUUAUUAUUUUUUUAAUUUUUUUAUUUGAGCCCAAAUGGUUUUAAAAGCUAUAAGUUGAGGUGAAAGGUCUCCAAGAUUGAGGGAUUGGACAAGAAAGUCUCAGACCAUUGCCCAAGGGACUCUCGAUUUAGCUCAUGGAAAUCUCACACAUCAGAGGAUUACCAGAAUUUGGAAUGGAUGAUCAUGCUUUCCUUCAUCAAUGGCCGAUUAACUCCAUAGAUGAGCUCAACACGGUGUCUUUAGCAUCUUCAUUCGAAGAGAGUUUAUACCACUCUUUCUCUCAUCACCCGAUGUUUGACCUCAAACCUUCCUUGCUGGAAACAUCUAACACUAGUGUUGUCGAAAGGCCCUCCAAAAUGCCCAAAACUAACAGUUGGAAUUCCUCUAAAACCGACCACACAUCAAAUUCCUCUCCGAGCCAAAUCUCUUUUGCCAAUCCAAAUUAUGCAACUCAAGUCAGCAACAUCAAGCCUAAAGACAUUGUGGUGUCUUCUAAAAGCAUAUCUAAUUUACCCUCUGAUGUUUCGGCCUCUCAAGGCUCGUUUGGUAACCAAAAUUACAUGUUUAAGGCUUGUCAAGGUUCUAAGAGGAUUAUCACAAACACUAGACUUUCUAGCAAUCAAGAUCACAUUAUAGCCGAGAGGAAGAGGAGAGAGAAGCUCAGUCAGCGAUUCAUAGCUUUAUCUGCUAUAGUCCCCGGCCUAAAAAAGAUGGAUAAGGCUUCUGUGCUCGGAGAUGCUAUCAAGUAUUUGAAACAACUCCAAGAGCGAGUGAAGACGCUUGAGGAACAAGAGAAGAAGAAAUCGGUGGAAUCAGUGGUGUUUGUGAAGAAAUGUGAGAUCUAUGGUGAGGGUGACAAUUCUUCCUCGGAUGAGAAUUUCUCUGGUGGGCCUUAUGACGAGCCGCUCCCAGAGAUUGAAGUAAGGUUUUGUGACAAAAAUGUGCUCAUAAGGAUUCACUGUGAGAGAAGGAAAGGAGUUGUGGAAAAAACAAUGGCUGAAAUUGAGAAGCUCCAUUUGUCAAUCAUCAAUAGCAGUGUCAUAGCUUUUGGAAGUUCUGCUCUUGACAUAACCAUUAGUGCUCAGAUGGAUGUGGAAUUCGCCAUGACAUUGAAGGAACUUGUGAAGAAACUACAUGCAGCUCUUAAACUCUUCAUGUGAUAGAAAACUCAAUAGUGUCUCUUUCUUAAGUUGGCUCUAUGUUUGAAAAUCUUCUUGUUUUUUAACAGUCUGUUUGAGUCUUUGCUUUUUGCCAAAUCUCAUUAGUCAUAAAGGCCUGCAAUACACUCCACCAUUUUUAGACCAUCUUCCUUGAACUUGAAGCUUGUUUGCUGUGGGGUCCAUUUUGAAGGAUGGGUUUUUUUUCUAUAAUAUAUAUUUUUUUCAUGGUUGAUUAUUUGACCAUGUUAAUCACCCACCUGUUGUAAAGGAAUGACCUCAUGGCUUGGUUGAGCUUUUUUUUGGGGAGGUUGAAAAUUCAUCUCUCUUUCUCUUGCCUUGGAAGUGAUUGGAAAAUGGAAAAAUGUUUUUUUUUUUUUUUUGGUGGAUGGACAAACAAGCCUUUGUAUUAGUGAAGUGUUCGGUCAGUGUUUUAGAGGCCUUGUUGAGUCUCUUUUUUUCGGUAAUAGUUCUGUUGACAAUAAUGGAAUAACAUUUUCUAGUUUCUUGGAA